AUGCCCGAGAUUGGAGAAGUCGCGCGCAUUGUCCAUUAUCUCAAGAAGCACCUUGUUGGGAAGACUAUUGCAGCAGUCAAAACUCAAGAAGAUGACAUUGUCUACGGCAAAGUGGGCACAUCCGCAACCGCCUUCAAGAAAGCCAUGACCGGCAAGAAAGUUCUCGAUGCACGGCAACAAGGCAAAUACUUCUGGCUGGUCAUGUCAUCACCUCCGCACCCCCUGAUGCACUUCGGCAUGACCGGCUGGAUGAAGUUUUCCAACGACGAUACAUCGUACUAUAAACCGACGAAACAGGAAGAAGAGCAGUGGCCGCCAAAGUUCUGGAAGUUUGUCCUUGAGACAGCUGAGGAGCCCAAAUGCGAGGUGGCUUUUGUGGAUGCACGACGGCUUGCUCGAAUCAGACUGGUGGACGCCGAGGGGGACAAGAUGAGACUGACGACGCCUCUGAAGGAAAACGGCCCCGACCCGGUGAUAGACCGUGAUACCAUCACGCUGGAAUGGCUUUCUCGCAAAAUGCGGAGUAAAAGAGUGCCAGUGAAGGCUCUCCUGUUGGACCAAGCAAACAUCAGCGGCGUCGGCAACUGGGUAGCGGACGAGGUUCUCUAUCAAGCCAAAAUACACCCCGAACAAUACAGCAACACAUUCAGCGACGACCAAAUGAAGCAGCUGCACAACUCCCUCAUCGGCGUGUGCAAAAUCGCGGUGGACACACUGGCCGACUCCAGCCAGUUUCCAGAGAAUUGGCUUAUGAGAUACAGGUGGUCAAAGGGCAAAAAAGAAGGCGGUAAACUGCCAUCGGGAGAAAAAAUCCAAUUUCUCAAAGUGGCUGGAAGAACGUCUGCGAUCAUCCCUAGCGUUCAAAAGAAGACAGGUCAAGUUGCUGGUGACGUUUCUGCGGAUGUGGAGGACUCGCAGGAAGACGUAGAUGGCGCUGAUAGUGCCAGUGAGGAGGAGGCAAGUAAGAAGAAGCCAGCCCGACGCACCAAGAACAGCGGCAAGGCCAAGACGAACGGUGCGCAGGCCGGGAAAGAGCCGAAACCUUCGAAGCCGGUCAAGAGGGGCAGAGGCAAGCCCCAAGCCCAAGUUGAAGAUGAGAUCGAUGAGCCGGACCAUGAGAAGGAGGAUGAUGUGGAAGAAGAGCAAGGGAGGAAGAGGCGGAAGACAGCAGCCGCUGCCAGCAAGUCCUCGAAGAAGUCCGCUAAGGACAAUGCACUCAAAGAAGAAUCCGCUGUGCCCAAGGACGAAGACCAUUUGGGCAGGAGAAGGUCUACGCGGAUCAGCAAGGCAUAA